AUGGCCAAUGAAGAGCAGAGAAGGGCCUUUGAGUCGUACAUGGGCCGCACUGGCGGCAGUGGCAGUGGCAGCAACGGACAAGACCAAAACCAAGGUCAGCCAAUUCCUCAGUACCCGGGUUCCUUCGCCCAGCCAGCCAACUCGUAUCUUUUCAGUGUGAGUGCUUGA